CCCCUCUCCCCCCCUUCCUCUCCACAUCACCAUGGAGUACACUGGCGUCGGAGCUGCCGGCCCUGCCGCGUCUACCGCCGACAAGACUGCGGCUGACUACUACUUUGACUCGUACGCCCACCAUGGGAUCCACGAGGAGAUGCUCAAGGAUACGGUGCGGACCGAGUCGUACCGCGACGCGAUUCUCAAGAACCCGCAUCUGCUGAAGGACAAGGUUGUGAUGGAUGUCGGGUGCGGCACGGGCAUUCUUUCGAUGUUCUGCGCACAGGCCGGAGCCAAGCAUGUGUACGCCAUGGAGUGCUCGGCCAUUGUGGAGCAGGCGCGCAAGAUCGCCGCCGCCAACGGGUUCGGCGACAAGAUCACCUUUAUUCAGGGCAAGGUCGAGGAGGUCGAGCUGCCCGACGGAGUCGAGCAGAUUGACGUCAUUGUCUCCGAGUGGAUGGGCUACUUUUUGCUCUACGAGUCGAUGCUCAACACGGUCAUCUUUGCCCGCGACAAGUGGCUUGCGCCCGACGGCGUCAUCCUCCCGGACAAGGCCAUCAUGUACAUUGCCGCGCUCGAGGACGGUGAGUACAAGCGCGAGAAGCUCGACUUUUGGAACAACGUGUACGGCUUUGACAUGUCGUGCAUCCGCGAGCUCGCGCUCGUCGAGCCGCUCGUCGACACGGUCGACCCGGCCGCGGUCGUCACCGAGGCCUUCCCCUUCAAGGUCCUCGACAUGAAGACCGUGACCGUCGACGACCUCACCUUCUCCGCAGACUUUGCUCUCAAGGUCACCCGCGACGACUACUGCCACGGCUUUGUCUCGUGGUUCGACUGCGAGUUCUCCUCGUGCCACAAGCCGGUUGCCUUCUCCACCGGCCCGGACGCGCCCUACACCCACUGGAAGUCGACCGUCCUCUAUGCCAACGCUGGCGAGAUCAUGGUCUCGACCGGAGAGAUCAUCACCGGCACCGUCUCGGUCGCGCCCAACGCGACUAACCCGCGCGACCUCGACAUUGCCCUCUCCUUUGAGCACAAGGGCCGCUACCAGGAGACCGUCGAGACCAUGGAGUACAAGAUGCGCUGAGUUGAGUGCACGACCUACGCGACAUAAAAUGGAAACACAAAGAAGA